GCUGAUGAGCCUUGUGUCAGCACUGAGGUGGAAGUUGUGGGCUGUAAAGAGUGUUUGUCCCACUGGACAGUUUCAUGUCACAUGGUUGACUUCCUCUUAAAAACAAAAGUGACCUUUUCUUUGUGUGCUUACAGCUGGAGAGUGUUUGUUUCUUUGUUCAGUCAGCAGCAGAUUUAAAGGACUUUGUGUUUGUUUGAGGUGUUUUACAGGAGGAUGAAGACGUUGCUGAUGAUCCUGCUCCUCAUAAAUGUUUCCCAGCAUGCCUCAGCUGUGGAGUCGUAUGACGGGGACUCGUUCACCCUGCUGUACUGUCAGUUUUCCACUUUUCUACUAGACAAACCCUCAGUGUUGUGGAGUCACUCCGACCUCAGUCCUCCAACCGUCCACCAGCGUCAGCUUCAAGGAGACGAACUGAAAGAUCAAAACCAGCGUUACAGCGGCCGAACAUCCAUGAAGACUGACGCUCUGGAAACUGGAGACCUCAGCCUGACCCUGACCAACCUCCAACUGUCUGACAGCGCCACCUACACCUGCUCUGUCAGAGAAUAUGGACGUGAACUGAGUCGGAGUGAUGUACAGCUGCAGGUCAAAGAACGGUUUCCAUCCUGGGCCAAAGCUCUCCUGGUUCUCCUGGUUCUUCUUGUGGUUUCUGGAGGUCUUUUAUUUCAUUUCCGACAGUAUUUCAUGUCGGUUUACAAGGUGGAUGCAGAUUCAGGGGCGGAGUCUGUCCUGCUGCCCUGCAAAACCACAGUUUGCCUGCCUAAAGAUGCUAAAGUGGAGUGGAAGAUUGGUUCAUACACCAAGGUCCACGUGUAUGAGAACAGCUCUGACCAACCUGAAGAACAGCACCAAGAUUAUAAAGGCCUAACGAAGAUGAAGAGAAACUUACCUGGAGACCUCAGUCUGACCCUGAAAUACCCCACAGACACAAACACCUACACCUGCACCGUCUACAGCAGGGAGGGAAACAUCCUGAUGAGGAAAGAAGUGCUGCUCACUGUCAGAGUCCCCCAGGUGGAGGUGGAUUCAGGGGUGGAGUCUGUCCAGCUGCCCUUCAACACCACACUUCACCUGCCUGAAGAUGCUAAAGUGGAGUGGAUGGAUAGUGACGAUGAUACAGUCCACGUGUAUGAGAACAGGUCUGACCAGCCUGAAGAACAGCACCAGGUUUACAGAGACCGAACGAAGAUGAAUGAAGACCUGCUGAAAACUGGAGACCUCAGUCUGACCCUGAAAUACCCCACAGACUGGGACACCAGCACCUACACCUGCACCGUCUACAAGUCUGAUGGAUUUGAUGAGACCAUGAGAGCGGCUUCAGUUCCUCAUCAGAAAGAGUCUGACAGAAGCUCCUCCCUCUAUACCCCAGUAGACUUCUAUUAG